AUGGUCCGCCUCUCGCUCGCCUCCGUCCUUUCCCUCAGCACCGUGGCUGCACAGGCCCUAGCCUCAGGGAACUGUACCGGCGUCGACGCAAUCAGCACAAAAUGCACCUCAAAAGAAGCCGCCCACACCCGCGACUUCUUCUACGUCGGAGGCCGCUACAUCGAAACCACGUCAGGCAACAUCACAGUCGACCAACUCUACGUUGAAAAGCUAGUCCCCGUCACCACCAGCCGCACCCGCCGCCGUAGCAGUGUUACCACCACAAAGCCCAUCAUCUUCUUCCACGGAGGCGGAACCACAGGUGUAACAUGGCUCAACACGCCCGACAACCGCCCGGGCUGGGCAACCUACUUCCUUGGACAGGGCCACCCGGUCUACCUCGUCGACAUAGCCGCCAUCGGCCGAUCCACAGAAAACAACCUCGCAAACUUCACCAUGAUCGCCGGCACGGCGGCCGAGGGUGUGGAGAGGGGGUUUACUAAUGUCGAAGCAUACAACGCCUACCCACAAGCCAUCCUCCACACCCAAUGGCCCGGCACCGGACAAAAGGGCGAUCCGACGUUCGAACAGUUCAAAAAGACCAUCCUUCCGCUGUCCACGAGCUGGGUUCCUCAAGAAUACGCCCUCCGCGCCUCGGGCUGCGAGUUGUUGUCUCUGCUCGGAGAGAAAGCAUACCUCGUCUCCCACUCCAUCGGCGCUCGCGCCCCGAUUCUGCUGUCAAAUGAUUGCCCGGAGUACAUUGCGGGUAACAUCAACCUCGAAGGCACGACGGUACCGUUCUGGUCGUUUGAGAGCCGCUCCGCGACGAAUGCUUGGGGUCUGACCAAUACCCCCAUCGAUUACGAUCCGCCUGUUACCAGCGCGGCGGAGCUCGAGACGAAGGUUGUGGGGAACGAUACGCUUGCGCACCGGAGUUGUUACCGGCAAAAGGAGCCUGCGCGCAAGUUGCCCAAGAUUGCGAGCGUGCCGUAUUUGAUGAUUACGACGGAGGCUAGUGUGCACGUUACGUAUGAUCACUGUACCGUGGAUUAUUUGAAGCAGGUUGGCGGACAGCCGGAUUGGAUUAAGUUGGGUGAGAUUGGGAUCCAUGGGAAUGGACACUUUAUGCAUUUGGAGAAGAAUAGUUUGGAGAUUGCUGAGGUGGUGAACAAUUGGAUUCAGGAGAGGGAGGGCGCAUAA